AUUGCGAUGGACGAGGCGAACGUGUACACGCGGGACGAGACCGACGCCGACGUGCUCCUGAGCUCCGUGGGCCAGCAGGUCAUGAUGGCCUGGGAGAGAGACUACAUGGAGCAGUGCGUCGAGCGCCUCGCCAUCACGCCGGCAAGCGACGUCCUCGAGAUCGGCUUUGGCCUCGGCUACUCGGCCACCAAGAUCAUGACGUACUCGCCCAAGACGUAUACGAUCAUUGAAUGCGACCCGGUCGUCAUCGCCCGCAUCAAAGCAUGGGCGACAAGCUACAGCAACGUGCGCAUCGUGCAUGGCGCGUGGCAGACACAGCUACCUGCGUUGCCAGCCUUCGAUUGCAUCUUCUUUGACGACUACCCACUGCCGCAAAACGAACGCGAUGAUGCCAACCACACAAUCUCACGCUGGUACGAGUUUUUGGACCUCGCGCUUAACUGGCACACCAAGCUUCAUGGCCGUAUCACGGGCUACCUCGCACGCCCUCUGAGCCUCGAGCGUCCCGGCUGCACCGUCUCGCUGCGGGCCGUGUCGGUCGACGUGCCUCCCCACUGCUCGUACUUUCCGUAUCAAGAGGCGCUGGUGCCGCUCAUUACGCGCUGCGAAGAGGUCUCUCCACAGAUUACGGCCUAUGGCCUCCCGACACGCAGCGGCGUCGGUCCCGUGGCCGUCGCACACCCCAAGCUCAUUGCACUGCGUCGUCAGCUCGAUGCUCAAAAGCACAAGGAAGCGACCUCCUCCAGCGCACCGCCCGAGGUCCCCAUCAUGCCGACCCCCCGUUCGCGUGCUGAUACAUUGCGGGCCCUGCGGGAGGCCAAAGCUCGAAAGAACGCCACAUCGAGUGCAUUCGCCGCUAACUCGGGUUAAACUUGACGUAGACG